AUGCUUCCAACACAAUGGACAAACAGCUGCGAAUUGAUCUUACCCUACAUCUCAAAACAAGAAGAGCAUGUUGUAUCCAAAAAUAGUACUCACACGGACAAAGAGAAAAUACAGAAACUGAAUAGACUACGGUUGCCAACUUAUCAAACAGAAGGUUCUUGGGAUGUAGAUGGAAAAGAACCCUCAAUAUGGGAUGAUUUCACCCACACCUUCCCAAAUAAAAUAAAAAAUACAUCCAACUCUGAUAUAUCAUGCGAUGGUUACAAAAAAAUAGAUGAAGAUGUAGAAUUAUUAAAAAAUCUCGGUGUAAACAUCUACAAAUUUUCUAUUUCUUGGUCGAGAAUUGUAAACGAUGGAAAAAUGAAUCAUCAAGGUUUAGAACAUUACAACAAAUUAAUUGAUGCGUUGAUAUCACAUGAUAUCUCCCCGAUGGUAACACUUUUCCAUUGGGAUACACCUCAAAGUAUCCAAUCUAUAGGAGCAUGGCUAAAUCCUUACGUUGCAACACUUUUUGUUGAAUACGCUCGAUUAGUAUUUGAAAUUUUCGGCAAUAGAGUUAAAUAUUGGAUAACAUUCAACGAUCCUUUAACAUUUUGUUUAAGAUCAUACACCGAUGCAAAUUUUCCGCCAGUUGGAACAAAUUCAAAAAUAAGCAUUUAUCUUUGUUCUUAUGUUGUUUUAAAAUCUCAUGCUGCAGUUUAUCGACUUUACGAAAAUUCGUUUAAAUACAGUCAAAAUGGCUUGAUGAGUAUUAAUUUGGGAACGCCUUGGUUUGUAGCAGAAACAACCAACGAAUAUAAUGUUAAAUUCGCUAAAAUGUUGAUGGAAUUUACUUUGGGUCAAUUUGCCGAACCAAUUUUCGGUAAUGGGAAUUACCCGAAAAUAAUGAGAGAUAAGAUUAGUACAAACAGUAUGAUAGAGAAGAUGUUAAAUUCAAAACUUCCAAAAUUUACGAAAGAUGAAAUUGAAACUAUAAAUAACUCAGCAGAUUUCUUUGCUUUAAAUUAUUAUACUUCUAUUACCAUUUCAAAUAACACAUUUUCCAAAGAUAUCGCAACGAAAAAAAAUCUUCAAAAUCUGUGGGAUAAUUCUGUUAAAAAUUUAAUAAAAUCAGACGCAGAAUCUUUAGAAGCACUCCUAAAUUACAUUAAAAGCAAAUAUGGGAAUAUACCGAUUUUUAUUGUUGAAAAUGGAUAUCCCGAUACGGGAAUUAUCGAAGAUUACGAGCGGACUCAUUACAUUCAAACUCAUCUAAAUUCAGUACUUAAUGCUAUUUUUAGAGAUGAAAUUAAUGUUAUCGGUUAUAAUGUAAGAAGUUUUUUGGAUUCAUUUGAAUGGACAGAUGGAUACAGUGUAAAAUUUGGAUUGUAUCAAGUGGAUUUUGAAAACAAUGAGCGUAAAAGAAUUCCUAAACUUUCUUCAGAAGCUUACAAAGAAAUUGUUCGUAAUAAAAGAUUACCAUCAACUAUAACUGAUAAACCUUAA